AUGUUCUGGAUGAAGGCAGAGUUGUUGGGUGCUAUUUGGGAUAUCAUCAGAAUUCAAAAGACAGCAGUGGAAGAAAAGGGUAUUCUUCAUCGUGAUUGUAGUCUCAACAAUUCGAUGAUUGAAGAUGAUGUGUUUAUCGCCCAGGGUCAAAAAUACGCUAGAGGUGGGAUGGGCACAAUGCCUUUCAUGUCGCAGUCGCUCCUGUUCCAGCUCUCAGAGGCUGUUGAUAGCAUUGCAACACCUGAACGCAGCUUGAAGUGUACCCCGAAUUCCCAUGUGGUUCCAGCUCGCCUUAUCAUACACCACUAUGAAGAUGAUCUCGAAUCGGUCUUCUAUGUCUUCAUAUAG